GAACCAAUGAUACAAUACAACAAACCCACUUCUGUAUGCCAUCUGUGAUCGAUAACUAAUUCACCUAGAACAAAAUUCAAAUGAUUCCUACAAAGAAGAUAAUCCAACAACUUCACCUCCUGAGUUUGGAGUAGCCUCAACCACUCCAUGUGCCCAUUUCCUCUAUAUUAAGAGCAAUAUCUGUUACCCAUCAGAGUACUUCAGCAAGAAAUCUUCAGCAUUCAAUUCUACAUCUUUAGAUACCGAAUUUCAGGAUGUUCAAGCAUACAUUUUCAUCUGUUUUCAUCAUAAUGCUGAUUGCAAAUAUGCACAAUGCAAUUGUACUUGUGUCUGCAGUUGAUCCUGCACCAGUUGGCAAUGAACCGGUUCUUGAAAUAUACAUGCAUGACAUUCUUGGAGGCAGUAGCCCUACAGCUAGGCCAAUCACUGGCUUGCUAGGCAACAUCUACAGCAGCCAAGUGCCCUUUGCAAAGCCGAUAGGGUUCCUUCCUCCAGAUGGUGCGGUGGCUAUCCCUAAUGCCAAUGGUGCCAUUCCAACUGUAAAUGGUGCCAACGGUCUCCCACUAGGAACCGGCUUAUCUGGUACAGCUUUUGCAGGAAAUCCUAAUGCUCAACAGAAUGGCAAUCCUGCUACCCAACUAGCACCGGAUGGGUUGGGACUAGGCUUUGGGACAAUCACUGUCAUUGAUGACAUACUGACCUCUAGUCCCGACUUGGGGUCACAAACGAUUGGAAAAGCGCAAGGAGUUUAUGUGGCAAGCUCUGCAGAUGGAACAAGACAGCUGAUGGCAUUUACGGCUAUGAUAGAAGGAGGGGAGUAUAAUGACAACCUCAACUUCUUCGGAGUGUACAAGAUUGGGAGUACCAAGUCACAGUUGUCAGUGACUGGUGGGACGGGCAAGUUUAAAAAUGCCAAUGGGCUUGCAGUGCUGCAACCACUGAUUCCUCCAGGUCAACAUGCAACAGAUGGUGCAGAAACAUUGCUGAGGAUUACUGUCCACUUAAAGUACUGAGACAAAGUGGUUUGUUUGUGUUGAUAUCAAUGUCAAUGUGAGUGUUUGUGAUUGUAUUAGCUACAUGCGUGGAGUAUCUUUCAAUUGUAACUGUUCUGCUUAAGUAUGGUAAUGCCUAAUGAAGAAUAUCUUGUCAACUGAUCUUCUCACCGCUAAAAGGGCAAGGAACAAGAUCAAACAAAAACUCCAAAUCACCAUCAUACUAAAUGUCAUAGUACGCCUUUACCAUAUCAUGCAAGAUGCAUUACUGCAGAUCACAGCCACCAUAUAAGUAAACAUUGCAUGAGAACAUCACAUAUCAAACCAAAUCUUAUUGUCCUCACGGAUGGAUGACCAGUAACUUACUAUCCAAUAACAAAAACUAUGAUAAUGUAAUCUUUAGACUACAAUUUUCUCUCUAAAGCAUGAGACUCAUAAGAGUAUUCAAUGUAAGGCAACACAAGGUGAGUGCUGCCUAUUACUGUAGACUGUAGAUGUCAAAAUUUUAGUAAUUGUAAAGAACGUUAGAAAAAAGAAAAAGAAAAAAAAGAAUGAUUAGGGUAGUUGCAGAGAAAAAUGAUGUGGAAAAGAGAUGAAAAAGUAUAUGAAAUAUCAAGGCAGCAAGCUUUCAACAAUAAUUCCCUUCAUUGAGAACUGAUUUGUAUUCAUCGAGCUUCCAACAGAACCCCAAAGAGUUAUUAUAUA